AUGACGCAACCUGUCGUCGCCUCAAAGAGGAUGAACAUCGGCUUCAAGGCCGCUUGCUUAAAAAUUGCCGAAGAGAGCUGGUCAGCGCUGCAGGGUGAUGCACAAGGCGCUGGAGUUGAGCCCUUAUCCAAUGAAGGCUUUCUUUGCAUCAUGGUGCCUGUUGCAGCAUCUUCCGAACGUCAGGAUGUUCCAUCCCAAGCAGAUUUGCGACCGGUCUACCUAUUGAGCACUCUUGAUACAAGCCCCAUUGCCCUUCCCUACAACGGCUCCGAGCUGUUCCGGUCUCUAGUCUCGAAACUCAAAUGCGUUGUAGAAGAAAACUGGGCCGUUGCCAAUCGUCAGUUGUCUCAAUAUCGUUCCCAAGUUCUUGAAAGCAGCGGCCAGGACCCUAGAUUGCUUGCUCAGCUGCUCUACGAUGCUCAAGUUUUGGAACGCAUAGCAGAUAAUCACAAAUCUUUGGUGCAGGAUGUCGCGAUACUGGCAACAUCAUUAUCAUCUCUACAGAAUGAUCAAUGGAGAUUGAAAAUAGAUCAAUCUCAGUUCACUGAUUUUACUGACCUUACUGGCCUUCAGGGUCAAAUUCGCGAACUCGAAGAGAAGUCACAAAGCAUCAUCCAAUUGACAAGAUUUACCUUUUUACCACCGCAAUGCACUUAUUAUGUCUAA